CAGCGAGGAUAAAGGCAGGAAAAGGCAAGCCGCCCUCUUGCGCUCUCUUUCUUUCCACACACACACACGCACGCACGCGUGCGCGCGCGCCCAAACACGCACACCAACGAGCGAGGGAAGAGGAGGAGGAGCAGAGAGGGGGAGGACGGAGAGGAGAGGGAAGGCGUGGCAGGGUUGAUCAGGGAGCGGGAGCGGGAGCGGGAGCGAGAGAUCUGGACGGCGUUUUGUGAAGGGGGAGCAGAAUGUUCACCCCUCAGAGGAAGGGGUGGCCGAGGUGGAGUCUCACCCCCGGCAAGACGGACGCCGGCAAGAAUGAGACCUCCGCAUCCGCGAAAGGGAAGGCGGUCCUCGAGUGCCCACCGCCUAGGGCUUCUCUUGAGGAGAACGGUGGGGUAGUGACGCCCGGGAUGUUCUCGUCGCCAGGGGAGGUGGAGGUCUGGAAGAGGUUCAGGGAGGCCGGUGCGCUGGAACCGGCGUCCCUGGAGAAGAAGGAGAGGGAGGCGUUGGCUGAGCGCGUCACUAAGCUUGAGGCUGAGCUUUAUGAUUAUCAAUACAAUAUGGGUCUCCUUCUGAUUGAGAAGAAGGAUUGGCCUGCCAAGUUUGAGAAUUUAAACCAAGCAUUAAUGGAAGCUGAGGAGAAUCUUAAAAGAGAACAAGCAGCCCAUUUGAUUGCAUUAUCUGAAGCAGAAAAAAGAGAAGAAGCUUGUAGAAAGGCUUUGGGGGUGGAAAAACAGUGUGUGUCUGAUAUGGAAAAAGCACUACAUGAGAUGCGUGUAGAAUCAGCAGAGGUAAAAUUUACUUCUGAUAAAAAAUUGGCUGAAGCUCAAGCCCUAGUUGCUGGCGUCGAAGAAAAAUCUUUGGAGGCAGCAGCAAAAAUUCAUUCUGCUGAAGCAAGACUUGCAGAAGCAAAUCGAAAAAUGUCUGAUGCAGAAAGGAAAUUGCAAGAAGUUGAUGCUCGAGAAAGUACCAUAAAGAAAGAAAGGGCUUCCUUGAAGGCUGAGCGAGAAGCACAUGAAGAAGCAUUUUCCCGUGAAAGAGAGAAUCUCCGAGACUGGGACAAAAAAUUGCAGGAGGGUCAGGAGAGGUUGGUCGAAGGACAGAGGCUUCUUAAUCAGAGGGAGGAAAAGGUUAAUGAGAAAGAAAAGGCUCUCAUGCAAAAGGAGAAGGAACUUGAAGAUUUACGUAGGAAGGUUGAAAUAGAUGUUGUAGCCUGCAAAGAGAAGGAGGCUGAUAUCAGUUCUAGAUUGAGCAAGCUGGCUGAUCAAGAAGAGGAAGCUACAGCCAAGAGAAGUGCUUUGGAGGUGAAAGAGAAAGAAUUGAUUGAACUCCAAGAUGCGCUAAAUGCUAAGGAAAAUGAGGGGAUUCAGCGAGUUGUUGAUGAGCACAAAGCUAUGCUUGAGUCGAGAAAAUGUGAGUUUGAAGCAGAGCUGGAACUAAAGAGGAAGGCUGUUGAUGAGGAAUUAAAGUUGAAAGAGCUUGCAGUUGAUGAAAGAGUGAAGGAGGUGGACAGGAAGGAGGAAAAGGUUGCCAAACGUGAGCAGAUGCUGGAGAAGAGGGAAGAGAAGCUCAAGGAAAAACAGAAAGAUUUAGAUUCAAAACUAAAAGCAUUGAAGGAACGGGAGAAAUCCAUCAAAACAGAAGAAAAAAGUAUUUUAGCAGAGAAGAACCUUAUAUCGGCGGAGAAGGAUCAGCUUGAAAGCACAAAAUUUGAGUUGGAAAAUCUUAAAGCUGCUCUGGCGGAAGAAAAACAACAAAUAUGCAAUGAACAGGAAAAUCUUAAAGUGACCCAAGAUGAAAGGAGGGACUUUGAGCGUCAGAAGUCAAUUUUGAAGCAAGAGAUAGAAGACAGCUUACUUAGGAAGAACUUACUAAUAGAAGAAGGCGAAGAAUUGAAAAGGGAGAGGGAAAAUUUUGAGAGGGAGUGGACUGUGCUGGAUGAGAGACGUGAAGAUCUUAAAAAGGAACUAGCACAUGUUAAUGAAGAAAAGGCGAGGCUGAAGGAAUGGGUGGAUGGUGAAAGGGCGCGUUUAGAGAAUGAGAAGAAAAUUGCAAUGGAAGACAUAGAGAGGGAGAAGGAAGCUAUCAGACUUAAGAAGGAAGCCUUUGAAAGCAACAUGGCGCAUGAAAGGUCAGAGCUUUAUGAACAAGCUCAUAGAGAACUGGAGUUUAAACGCCAAAAUUUUGAGCUUGAGAUGAGUCAACGUGAGGAUCAAAUCAAGUCUGAUCUUGAUCUGAGGGAUAUGAAUUUCCGGGAUGAAGUGAGAGUAUUCCAGGAGUACAAAGAAAGAGUUUUGAAGGAUAUUAAUUCCCAAAAGGAUGUAGUUCAGCAGCAAGUGGAAGAAUUACACCAGAACUUGCAAAAGCUUGAGAAAGAAAGAGAACAGUUGGUCACAGAGAGGAGAUAUGUUGAAGGACAACAUUUAGAGAUUAGUAGGGACAGUGAGCAACUACUUGUUCUAAGUGAAAAAUUGAAAGACGAGAGAAAAGCAUUUGCAAAGAGAAUGGAAGCCUUUCUUGCCUGUCUGGAACAGUUAAAACAUACUGUAGGUGAUGAUAUCAUUAUGGAAGAGCUGAGAAGAUCUGAACUUCAGUUACAGAAGCUGAAGGAUAUUGAAACUGAUUUGUUGCCUACCCUUGUUGAUGGGUAUAUGAAAGAAAUAUCUAAUCUAGGUUCAUUGGCAGAGGUAAUGCCUGGUGAACUCGGUCCUGAUUCUAAUUCUCCGGGUCGCAUGUCAUGGUUACGAAAAUGUGCUUCAAAGAUAUUUAAUCUUUCUCCUAUAAAGAGAAGUGAAGCUUCUCCGGAAACUCUGAAUGGAAGAUCACCUUCACGAUUUGCAAGUCAACCGGAACUGCCUGCAAGCACAGAAAAUAUCGCUGCUGUUGUGCAUGGAGUUUUACCUGAAGAUAGUUACCAAGUGGAGGAUGAGCCAAGACAAUCUCUUGAUACAAGGAAUUGCAGGGAUGAAGCAGUUGAAGCUGCUUCACUUGAUGACAGAGACAAUUCUCAAUCGAUUGUGUCCAGCAGCAGCAGGCAAAAGCCUGGCAGAAGACGUAAAACAAAAGGCAUUAGACGAUCACGUUCAGUGAAGGCGACUGUUGAUGAGGCCAAGGCAUAUCUUGCCGGUGCAGAGACACAGAGCCAAGAGCACAGAGAGGGAUCUGUUGAUGGGGAUGCAGGGGCUUGGCAGAAACGGCAGAGUACAGUUUCAUCAUUUGCUACUAGUGAUGCUGAUGAUACUGAAGUGCGAUCUGAUAGUGUCACUGGCAGGAUGAGGAAAAGAAAAGCUACAAAUGUGGCUGAUGCUGAAACACCUGGAAGAAAGCGGUACAAUCUGAGGCGUUCAACAGUUGCAAAUACGGAUGCUGCCCAAACGUCUGCUGCAAAGCUUGAUAACCAUUUUGGAGAGCAAGAUAAAUCGGCCAAAGUUCAAGACAAUGCAGUAGAUAAGGAUGCUGGUGCAAGAGCUUUGAGUGAGGUACAUGAUACUAGACAGGUGGCUUCUGAUCACCGGCGCGCUCCAGGUGCUCUGAAAGAAGCUGCUCAGGGAGGACUCAGGGUGUGUGAGUCUGGAAAUAGUUCACCUCAGGUGGAACAGACAAUUGUCCAGGUCCAUCAAUAUUCAUCACAGAAAAUUACAAAGGUUGAGACUGAAGUUGGCGUCGAGAGCAACUUCAAUGGUGAAACCGCAGGAAUAGAUAUUCUUAACUACAUUGAGCAAGAGAAUGGUGGGAAUGCUCUUCUUGAGGAAAGGGAUGAGGCGGCAGCGUAUGAUGAGGAUGAGGGUAGCAGCGAGGAUGAUGGUUAUGAGAACGAGGAUGAUGAUGAUGCUCACAACAAAUCUAUAGGGAAGAAGCUAUGGAAUUUCUUCACCACGUGACAGCUUUGGGGUUCCACAUUAGAUUCUGGUGAUAGCAUCCUCUAGCUGAUUUAUGUACUCCUGAAGGAGCCUUUGUACUUUAUGUUAGUAUACUGGUCGUGUCAUUUUUCACGUCAUGACGUGUAGCUUGUGGUGGUUGUACGAGUUUCUUUUUCCUUUUCUCCUCCCCCCUCAUUGAAGUAGGCAUUAUUUUUACUUAUUCCCCUCAGGACACUGCUUUCCUUUGUUGUAUAAACUGACCCUUUUUAAGUUUUCUUGGUCGCAAGAAGUUGCAAGUUGUUGCUGGUUCAA